CGGAUUUCCCAUUGGACAGCUAAUUUCGUCGUCACGGUCUCACGGAGGUAGGAGAGGAGGGAGGGGAACAGAUCAACAGAUAUGGGUGAGGCAUCGCCGGAGUCCGGCGCCGCGGCGGCCGGAGGUGCCGCUGGUCCGGCGCCGCCGCGAAAAGGGAAGUCUUGCAAGGGCUGCCUCUACUACUCGUCGGUGCUCAAGUCCCGCGGCUACAACCCCAUCUGUGUCGGGAUCCCCCGCUCCAUCCCCCAAGUUCCGAACUACGUGGUGGAUGAGCCUAAGGAAGAGGCGAUGUCUCAGGGGCAUGAUCUGAGGCAGUUCAGGUACGGGUGCGCGGGUUACUCCAUGUACGUGGACAACAGGGACAGCAGAGGUGGCGAGAGCGAGGGCAAGACGUUGUUGCCGUAUUGCCGGGGGCUUGAGCUAUUGGUGGACAGCAGAUUGGUCGAGAAACAACCGUCAACUGCACAACAAGCUCCGGCACAUGUUUCAAAGGAUGCAGCUACCACCCGCUCUCACCAGGAGGGACAACAGAGACCCGCGCACUUGGCGAGACAGGAAUUCUUGGGAAGGUUUAAGAGGAGUGCCGGACUGGUCGCUUCAGGUGUGGCCAAGAAUCUAAACAAAACGGCCAAUUAUAUCAAGGAAAAUAUCCAGGACAUAUUUUACCCUGAUCGCCGCCCACCGAAAUAGUAGCCGUGCUGAUGGUCAUCCGUGCACAGGUUGAGAGCUGGAGAAAAAUGUUUCAUGAUGCAAACACUACAAAAGGCCUACCUGACAGAUCAUAAUUUUACCAUCCCAGUGAGAAGCAGCUCCAGUUUCAUUGAUAAGAAAGAAAUGGUGCCUUGCUGGGACACCAAAUUUCCUUUCUGUACCUGCAUGACUUUGUAGUAGCCCGAUGGUGUACAUGCAAAUAACUUCUGUUUGGAUGACGUGAAAAUGGAAUUUCGGGUGUACUGAUGAAUAAUGUCAACCGGUCACAAUGGAACUCAAUGGGGCAAGUUUCAUUCUUCUACUGUUAACAGGAAGGCCAUGAUAUGUGCUAUUGUUCACUUCA